UCUGCGCUCCGAGCUUUGCAGCUGCGCUGGGACAUCGCUGGCGGAAAGUUUCUCCUUGUUUCUUUUUCUCUGCAACAUUUUGUUGGCUUCCGAACUCCUGUCUCCCCACUUCCCCUUUUUCUGUCCCUCGCCUCCUUUGCAAAUCCUCUUUCCCCCCCCCCCCUUUUUUUUCUUUGGAAAGCAGGAAACUAUAGGGCAUUUGCUCCUUCCCCUACCCACCCCCUUGCCGUGAGCCCAGGAAGAGUUUUAUAGCUGGAAAUUUUCUUUUCUUUUCUCCGGGACGUGGGAGGAAGAGACCCCGUCCAGGAAACACGUCCCGGUGCCAUUCUGGCGGGGCAGUUGCCCCCUCCCCUUCUCCUCCUCCUCCUCCCCCACUUGCCUCUGCCAGGGGAGGGGGGGCUUGUUGAUUGAUUCUGCGCCCCAUCCUCCCCCGAUCCCGAGUGUUUGGCUACGGGACACAGAGUCACCACGCAGCUGACGAAGCGAAAGGAGAAACUCUGCGCUUGGUGGUUUCCCUGCAGGAAGGAAAGCUUUGCUACUGGAAAGUUCAUCGGCGCGCCGGAUCAGCUGCCGUGUCACAAUGGAUGUUGGAUUCAAGAUGGGCCCUUGGCCUGAGCAACUUCUGAAUUCCGCUCAGAACAACAGGCACAACUCAGAACCCUGGCCUUGGUCCAGCAAAACGAAUAAUGCAUGAAUCUGGUUGAUGUGCAGAUGAGGGCGGCUAUUAUUACUGAAGGUCUUAACAGUGCAAGUGCACCAAGUCAAGAGCGGGACACAGACCUAAUGACGAUACAACCAUGGAUGAGGAAGAAGUUCUUAAUUCUAUUAUGAAGGAUCUCGCCGCCCUUGGCAAAUGCGGUGGAUUUUUGGACAGCAACAGGAACAAAAAUCAUUCGAACAAACAGUUGCGGAAUGCCAGGAUCAAGUUUGAGCAUGAUGGAGAAAAAAGGAUUAUCCAGUUCCAGAGGCCGGUUAAGUACAAAGAUGUUUUGCAGAAAGUCAUGGAUGCUUUCGGGCAGUUGAUGGAUUUGCAUUAUGCUGAGAAUGAGCUCCUGAUUCCCCUGAAAUCGCAGGAAGAUUUGGACCGAGCAGUGGAACAUUUAGACCUAAGCCCUUCCCUGAAAAGUUUGAGGGUGUUUGUGAAAACUCCAAAGGAAACAAAUCUUCCUCAACCGAACAACACCAAGCAGCAUGAAAUGAGGAUAUCUAAAUCCAUGGGAGACAUCCUGGGAUCUCUGUAUAAAGACAUCGAGAGAACACGGAAGCAUUCAACAGGAUCUCUGCACACCGGCCGGAGUUCUCCGCCUCCUGGCAGUGUUCCUGAAGAGCAGCAGCAGAUUGCCCGUCAGGGGUCAUACACCAGCAUCAACAGCGAGGGAGAAUUUAUCCCCGAAACCAUGGACCAAAACUUGUUGGAUCCAUUUAUCAGCCCAAACAACUCACUUUCUAGCAGUUGUCAGUCCCUCGAACGAUCUGUAGAGAGUCCUUCUUGCAGCAAAACACCAGUUUCAAGGAGAACAAGAGAAACCAAAGACAGCUUUGAAUGUCUGGAUUUCAAUGUCCCGUUUUGUGACCGAGGAAAAGGAGGCACCUUUCCGAGGCAGUAUCAUCUCUCUCAGGGUCGCAAGGACUACAAUGAUGGCCGCAGAACGUUCCCCAGAAGUUACGCCCCUCCAGAGAACCUGUUUCAGCUUCUGCCUUCCAGCCGAACCAAGAGCUACAACGGAGACAGUAAACUGAUCACCAUGCGGUACGAGGAACGGGGCAACAACAAGCGCUGGCACAAUUGCGACAAGAUCUUUGAAGACUUCAGUUCUCCUUCUCCCAAGGCCAGGAGCAGCCUGCAGGCCCCUGUGAAUUGGAGGCUGGGGAAGCUGUUGGGCCGAGGAGCUUUCGGAGAAGUCUACCUGUGCUAUGAUGUGGACAGUGGACGAGAGCUCUCCGUGAAGCAGGUGCCUUUUGACCCAGACAGCCAAGAGACCAGCAAAGAAGUGAAUGCCUUAGAAUGUGAGAUCCAGCUCCUUAAAACGCUCCGUCAUGAGAGGAUAGUACAAUAUUAUGGCUGUCUCCGCGAUCCGGAAGAGAGGAAACUGUCCAUUUUUGUGGAAUAUAUGCCUGGGGGUUCAAUCAAAGACCAACUAAAGGCCUACGGUGCCUUGACAGAGAAUGUGACCCGUAAAUACACCAGGCAGAUCUUACAAGGAGUUUCCUACCUCCAUAGCAACAUGAUUGUACACAGGGAUAUUAAAGGUGCCAACAUUUUGAGAGAUUCUGUGGGGAACGUGAAACUUGGGGACUUCGGGGCCAGCAAACGCAUUCAGACGAUCUGCAUGUCUGGAACAGGGAUAAAAUCAGUCACGGGGACUCCCUACUGGAUGAGCCCAGAGGUGAUCAGCGGAGAAGGUUAUGGAAGGAAGGCUGACGUGUGGAGCCUGGGCUGUACUGUGGUCGAAAUGCUGAAUGAAAAGCCACCGUGGGCAGAAUACGAAGCUAUGGCUGCCAUCUUCAAGAUUGCGACCCAGCCAACCAAGCCUCAGCUUCCCGACGGGGUUUCUGAGUACUGCCGCAACUUCCUCAAGCUGAUCUUUGUCGAGGAGAAGCGCAGGCCCACCGCAGAAGACCUCUUGAGGCAUCCCUUCGUCAACUUCAGCCUCUAGCAGGGGCUCCUGCUGGAAGAGAAGGAAGAAACCAAAGAGUUCACCCCUUAAAGAAAAGGAGUGGAUGAAAGUCAACCUCACUUGGGUUGCUUCUCCCUGGGGCUGUGUAGUUUUCUUAUCAGGCCUCCUUGGCUGAGCCUUGUGGUGCCUUUAGGCUGAUCCUUCUUGAUGAUCAACAAGAAGGAGGUUUUUGGCAAACCAUUGGUGCCAUUCAUAGAGCUAUUUGUGCCUUUGUGAAUACUGGCAGAUUCUCUGCUUAGGUAGCUUUGAGAAUUGAAUGGGUUGGAUCAGCCACUAAGGAACAAGAUGAAGGAAUUUGGUAGAUGUUUUGUUUUUUUUUGACUAGAACACUUGAGUAUAAAACUGCUUUUUGGAACCAGCUUAGCUGUUCUCCGCCAAUAGAUAGCUUUGAAAGGGGAGCCUACAGGAUGCUUUGAAAAAAGGAAAAGCUGCGAUUCGUAGAAUCGCUUACAAAAUAAUCCCCCUGAAUAAAAAAAAAAAGCUAGAGAAAUUCAGGAGCAUAGAGGGCUUCUCCAAACCUUUGAGCCUAAAAAGUAAGGAAAAAAGUUACAUUCCAAUCACAUGUUAAAUAUUUUGCAGAGGGCAUUUGUCUGCUGUGGCUAAAUUUCAUGGCUUAUGUUUUAGGUUUCUUCUAAAAUCACAAAGUUGUUAAACGAUGGCAGAGCUGUUCCUUGCUUCACCCAACCAUUGUUGCAAAAGGAUAAACUAAAUAUCCUCAGUCUUGCGGUCUGAGGGUAUCACCCAAAGUUCUACCACCAAAUAGCCUUCAACAGUUAUUUAAGGUUAAGAUAUUGGCAUUAACUUUAUUAAUGGGUUGGGUGAAGAGAUGGAUUCUGUUGCUGAAUGAAAAGUUGCUCUUUCCCACAAACUAAUUUGUGAUCAACUUAUUUAUUUAUUUAUUUUUAAACAAAGUAGACACUUAACUAAAAACAACAACAAUAACAAAAACAUUUUCCAGGGCAGAAUAGUUUUCCCGGCUGGGUUAGCUGAAUGCAUUGC